GGGCGGGCGGACGAGCGGGGGCAGUCGCCCUUGGCUGCGGGAGGGAGUGUGGGGUCCCCGAGGCUCUAGUGACUGCUGUGACUGCCAAGGAGGCGGCGGCCCAGGGACUGGUCCCGACAGGUCCGAAAGUGCGUUCGUCCGUCUGGCCAUCCCUCCCCCCGAGAGUGUCUUCCGACUGACUCGCUCCUGCUCUCCUGCUACAGAUGGACGGGGCGUCCGCGGCCUUAAGUGAAAAAGAAUCCCCUCUGCUGCCUUCCCAGCCUGAGCACCAAAACGAGGAGAACCCCGCUACUUCCCAAGAAAUGGCUGCUUCUGUUUUGAAGACUUCAUCUCUUUCUGUAAGAAAAAAACUCUUACAACAAACUGGAUUUCCACUAUACAGCACUUCUCACGGUUUCCAUGAGGAAGAUGUCAAAAAGAAACUUCAGCAGUUUACUGGUGGAUCUGUUGACCUUCGUAAAGAAGACUGUGGCAUUGGCAUUCUCACUUUUAACAACCCAAGUAAAAAGAAUGCAUUUUCAGGAGUUAUGAUGCUACAGCUUCUGGAGAGGGUGAUUGAACUAGAAAACUGGAAAGAAGGGAAAGGCCUUAUUGUCUGUGGGGCAAAAAACACUUUCUGUUCAGGAUCUGAUUUGAAUGCUGUGAAAGGUCUGGGAACCUCACAGGAUGGAGUCCAAUUAUGCAUGUUUAUGCAAAACACCUUAACAAGAUUUAUGAGGCUGCCUUUAAUAAGUGUUGCUUUGAUUCAAGGAAGAGCAAUGGGUGGAGGAGCAGAAUUAACCACAGCUUGCGAUUUCAGGGUAAUGACUCCAUCAAGUGAGAUCAGAUUUGUCCAUAAAGAAAUGGGCAUAAUACCAAGUUGGGGUGGAGCUGCUCGACUGAUUGAAAUUAUUGGCAGUAGACAAACCCUCAAAGUAUUAGGUGGAGCUCUCAAACUGGAUUCUACAGUAGCCCUGAAAAUAGGAAUAGCUGAUGAGAUUCUGCAAUCUUCUGAUGAAGAUCAGUCUUUAGAAGAAGCACAGAGAUGGCUACAACAAUUUAUCAGUGGUCCACCAGAAGUAAUUAGAGCUUUGAAGACUGUAGUUUCUUCAGGAAAAGAACUUGCUUUAGAAGAGGCAUUAGAGACUGAAAGAGAUGUUUUAAGCACACUUUGGGGUGGACCUGCUAAUUUGGAGGCUAUUGCUAGAAAAAUGAAAUUUAACAAGUAGUCUGUAAAGAACAUGAUACUUUGCAAACACUUCCAACUGCAAAAAUGUUUAAAAAACAGAAGCAUAAUAUAUUGUAUUAAAUAUAAAUAAGCCUUAGCAAUUUUUCUGUUGGAAAUGGGAAUUAUGAAUUUGUUACUUUAAUCUGUUUAAAAGUAUAUUUUAAAUCAGAAUUAUGCUGUUGUCCUGAAAACUGUCAAAAAUUGUUUUAUUUUUCAUUUAACAACUAAGAUCAGAAGACUAAAGACUAUUUUUCAUUCUUUUCUUAUCCACCAAUAUUAUGGACCCUCAAGAGAACACAUUUCUUUCUUCUUAGAACUAAGGUAGGGUGGGUAUGGCUGCCAAAUAUUGUGUGUGGGUGUGGGGAUAUAUGUGUGUGGGGGGGUGGGGGGUAUGUGUGUGUAUGUGUAUAUAUAUACACACCCACCCACACAUACAUACUGGCAAAUUAAAUUGUUAGUUUUGCUGUUUUUCUUUGUUACAAAGGAUAGUUAGAUGACAUGGGCAUAUUGACUAAUGACUAGUGUAAAAGAAACAAGGGACAUUAAUAAAAUAAAAUUUUUAGAAAUCUGUACAAAUCAA